AUGCCUCCGGCGAUUCCGCGAAAACUGCUCAGCGUCCGCGGGGCCGGCGUGAGGUUUGUCAAUGGUCCGCUGUCCCCCGACAGCGUUGGAGUCAGCACCACUGACAAUACGAAGUACGCUACCGACGUCACUCUCGGAGGGCUCAAUUUGACUUUGAUCCUCGAUACGGGCUCUUCCGACCUUGUUGUGGUGCGGCAGGGACGAAACAUCAACCUGGUGAAUACCUCCAAUGUUCCAGUCAACGAGACUUUCGGCAUCGGAUCGGCCGCAGGCAAUGUUGCAUUCGCCGACCUACAGAUCGGAGACUUCACCGUCCAUUCCCAAGCUUUCGUCGAUGCCACGCAGACCAUCGACUUCAACGAGGGGCAGGACGGAUUCGACGGCAUCAUCGGGGUGAGCUUCAAUGCCCCCUCCGCCGUCAUCGAAGCGCUCUCGAAGGAGUUCGACGCGGACGCCGCAGCACAACUCGGCAACACCCCGCUGCCCGCGCUCUUCACGCAACAGCCGGACCUCCCAGACAGCUUCGACGUGCUGCUCGGCCGCGCCGACGAGCUCGGGGACGCCGCCCCGGGCACGUUCCUCAUUGGGGGCCACGACGACAACUUCCGGGACAUCGCGGGCGCGACGGAGCUCGUGAGCGUCAGCACGGACCACUGGAGUGUCGUCAUGGACGCGAUGAACAUCAACGGCAAGCCGUUCCCGUUCAACGCGUCGCGCGUCCAGGGCGUCCCCGCGGGCAAGGUCGCGGCUGUGCUCGACACUGGGUUCUCGUUCCCGCCUAUCCCUCCGGCCGCUGUGGACGCGAUCUACUCGUCCAUCGAGGGCGCGGUGUUCGACGAGACGACGACCUUCUGGAUCGUCCCCUGCAACUCGAGCGGCGUGAGCCUGUCCUUCGUGUUCGGGGACCAAGAGUUCUUCGUGCACCCCCUCGACCUCACGCUCCCCGUCGCAGGCCCCUUCAACGGCCCCGGGGGCGGGAACGUCACCAUCUGCAUCAACACGUUUCAGUACCUCACGCUCGACCCCGCCGAGUUCGUCGGCUUCGACCUCAUCCUCGGCGACGCCUUCCUGCGCAACGUCUACGCCUCGUUCAACUACGGCGACCAGAACACGCCGCCGUUCGUGCAGAUGGUGACGACGACGCCCGACGCGGACACGGCGCAGCAGGAGUUCCAGCAGCAGCGCGCGAAGACGCUCGCGGGGCUGCCGCCCACCAUCGACCCCGCUGCCGCCGCGAACCAGGGGGGCCAGAGCCCCGCUGCGGGCGCCCCAGGCGUUCCGGGCUCAAGCGCGAGUGCGCGCGCGACGAGUUCAGCGGGGCCGUCGAGCUCGGCGACGCAGACGGUGCAGAACGCGCAGCCGACUGCAAGCAACAACAAGAACGGCGCGGGGAGGGCGAGGGCGUUGUGGACGGGUGUGUAUGGUGCUUAUGUGCUGUACCUGGUGUCUGGCGUGUUUCUGCUGUAA